CCAAGUUCUACGCCUGCUCUAGAUCUACGGCCUAAAUUCAUCGGAUGAUUUGAGCCAAACCAGGGACUGCCAACAUGUUGAAGCCAGUUCUGCUGUUGUCGCCUCACUGUAAACGUGCUGUGACCAAGAUGUUAUGCAGAGGAUGUCUUCAACAGCUACAGAAAACCCAGACCAGAACAGCUUUCAAUAUCUUCCAGAAAUGGGGCAAAAAAGCAGAGCCAACGACACCCAGUAACUUCUCAAUUGUUCAGGCAGGAAAGGUGAGCCCAAUGAGGACUGUACCAGAAGGGAUAGAGAUGCCAGAUUAUGCACAUGCAGGCAAACCGGUGAUUGCUCCACAGAGAAAGGUUUUCAUCUUGGAUCAUGAAUCUAUCCAAUGUAUGAGAGAGGCUGGUAAACUCGGCAGGAAGCUCCUAGAUCUUACAGCAUCAUAUAUUCAGGUUGGGGUCACAACAGAUCGUUUGGAUGAAGUACUUCACCAAGCCUGCAUAGAUAACAAUGCCUACCCAUCCACUCUCAACUACAACUGCUUCCCCAAGUCCUUGUGUACAUCAGUCAAUAAUGUGAUGGUCCAUGGUAUUCCUGAUGAUAGACCACUAGAAGAUGGUGAUAUCAUCACUGCAGAUAUCACGGUGUACUUGAAUGGUUUCCAUGCUGAUCUAUCAGAAACCUAUCUAGUAGGGAAUGUGGAUGAUGCUGGUAAACGUCUGGUAGAGUAUGCUAAGAAAUGCAGAGAUGAAGCAAUCAAAGUAUGUGGACCAGAUGUUCCCAUCAGUGCCAUUGGAAACACCAUAUCGGCGAUAGCAGCAGAAGGGAAUUACUAUGUAUCACCAUCUUUCAUAGGACAUGGAAUCAACACAUAUUUUCACUGCAAACCUGAUAUUUGGCACUAUGCAAACUUUUAUCCAGAGAGCAUGAUGGCUGGUUUGACAUUCACAAUAGAACCUGUGAUCUUAGAGAGUGUGGACAGGAUGGUAACAGGAGAUGAUGAUUGGACUGUGUAUGCUCAAAAUCAUACAAGAUCAGCCCAGUUUGAGCACACAAUCCUGAUAACGAAGUCAGGUUUUGAGGUCCUGACAGCUGGCGAAAAUGAAGACUUCACCGUGAAACCCAUAGAAACCACAUCAGAGGUUGACGAUCAAGCAAAAGCACUACAUAAAGAGGAUUGGACUUUCGAUCAGAAGACGUGAUAUCAACAGAAUAUUGGUUAUUCUCUUCUUGUUUAACUAUUGCUGGGUAUACAUCAAUAUCAAAGUGACCUUUGCAUGCAUCAGAAGCUGAAUGUAUGUAGUUAAAUGGAGUUCCUUUUGUUAAAGAGGAAUACCGUUGAUGCCAUCUCGCAUCCCAAGACCUGAUUAUGUCUUGAUUUUAAAAGAAAUGUUAGAAGAAUAUGGUUUUUUUUCUCUCAAAAAUCCCAUGUAAAUUGUAAAGGAUUGAGGUCCUGAAUAAUCAUAUGAAUAUAAAUGAUAUUCAUAUGUCUAUUCAAUUGAAAUGGCAUUGCAUUAUAAGCUUUGCAGUCCGGGAAAAGCCAAAUCACCUUCUACAAGUCAAUGGUCAGUUCUUGUGAAUCGUGGUGUGAUAUCAAAAUUAUUGUAACAGGUCUUGUCUUUUAUCUGAAAUAGACACCUCAAUCAGGAGAAAAAGUGCAAGAGGAGUCAUAUAACUGAUCCAAUUUUAAUUUCUAGCAAAAUCCAAUCAUGGUCAAAUGGUAAGAUGUGUGGUUGCCUUAGGCUAUUCAGAAGCAAAAACAGGGGUAAUCAACUAAAAUUUUAGGCAAACUCAGAAUUGAGCACUCUUCCGAUUGAGGGAUUCUUCUCUCCUUUUUAGCGAGAUACAUGUAUGCUAACAAUUGCCACCACAGUUUUCAUGUUUUCCUUUGAAAUUCUUGUCACUCCCUGGUAACAACUAAAGGUCUGUUCACAUCUGCCGAAGUCAACUGCACCAUUUUUUUUAAAAACGUGUUAACGAAUGGUAAAUAUGUGCAUACAUCAAAGGUCCUACACGUUUUCACUUGCCGUUUGUGUUAUAAGAUAAAAAAAGUGAAGCAUAUUAGACAUAAAGCCCGGCAUCCCAUUGCACUUUGAUCAAACGAACAAGGUACCAAUAUCUGAGUAUUGGAACAUCCGGGGAGGAACCUAGUAUUUCCAAAAGUGGACAUCUGCUAGGGCCUCUCUACUUCAUGUCUAUGUUAACAUUUUUAAUCUACACAGUCUAAAGGGUAUCAAAUUUGAGAUUUCACUUCCUAGGUUUUUUUUUCUUCAUGUGAUGCAGGAAAAUAUUGCUCAACACGGAUUGUUGCAUGUAGUUCACUUUUUAUUCCAACACCAAAAGGUAAAAACAAAAACUAUUACUGCACAGAUUACUUUCCUUCUUUAUUUCUCUAGAUGUUUCACAGCCUCUCUCUCCCAUGUCUGUUGCAAACGAUGGCUCGGUAUCCACUAAAGGUCUUCAAUACAAAGUCUCUAAUCACAUGAAUUUUUCUUGAGGAAGAGCUGGUUGUGUUGCCUCCUCCUUUCUUCAUAACUCUUCUUUGGUGAAUGCUGCAUCAAGCAAUGAAUUAACAAGAAGAGAUAAUAUGGAGAAUAACCUGUUGACGAAUGUGGUGUACAGUUGUAGGCGUAUAGCCGUAUACCAACUCAGGGAAAUAUUCAGGCCAUCUUCUCUUCUUCUCCGGCGGAAGAGUACGCAGUCGGUCAUGCAUCGUAUGAUUGAACCGUUCACACUGUGCAUUGCCCUCCGGAUGGUAGGGAGUUGUCCUCGUCUUCUGUACUCCAUACACUCGGCAAAGCUCUUUUACCAGACUGCUCUUAAAGUUCAAACCUGUGCAGCCACUUAGGCAUGCCAAAUGUUACAAACCAGUUUUUGACGAGUACCUUUGCGACCGUAGUUGCCCGCUGGUCUCUGGUAGGUAUAGCUUGAGUGUAUUUCGUGAAGACCUCUGUCAGUACGAGGACAUUCUCCACCCUGUUAGAGCUGGGCUCUAACACUGUAAAGUCUAUCGCAAGUACCUCCAGGGGCUCUCUUGCAAUCGGUGAACCCAUUUUCAGAUGCAAUUUCCUCCCUGCUUUGGAAAGUAUGCAUCGCUGGCAGCUUUUGCAGUGGGUGCGGAUCUCUGCUUCCAAUCCUGGUCAGUAGAAGCGUUGGACUGUUUAUCUAGUAGUCUUUUCUGAAGCUUGGUGGCCAACCUCGUCAUGGAGUGCACUUAAGAGCCUGUUCUUCAAGGCUCCUGGUACCAGAAGUUGCUUGCUUGGUUGCCCCUUCAGCGUAACUCUGCGGAGUAGAAUACCAUCUACGAGAAGGAGACGUUCCCACUGUCGCAACAGUUUCCGAACUGGCUUGUCUUCAUUAGCCAUCUGCCUCGGAGUCGGGGCACUUUCCUUCUCCUUGUAGAGUAGCAGUUUUCCAAUGACUGGGUCAUUCAUUUGCAGAGCUGCCAGUUCUCUCUGGGCAGGGUCGGAAGGGUAGACAAAGCUGUUCCUUCCUUGCUGGCAUGUCUGUAUCUGUUAUCUCCAUGACUUCUUCUACUCUCACUGCAAGUGCUAAUGGCACUGGUGUAGACAAAGACGAAGGAUGGCUUUGAAGACUAACUCUUUGAGUCUCUGAGUCUAACUUCUUUGAGUCUCUGUUGUUCAAUCCCAUGGUCUAUUUUUCUGCUCAAGGCGUCUGCGUUCACAUUCAGCCUACCAGAUCUGAGCUUAAUCUCGAAAUUGAAUUGAGCAAGGUCCGCCUGCCACCUCAUCUCUGUUGCUCCCAGCUUAGCCGUCGUCUGUAAGUAGCUCAGAUGAUUGUUGUCUGUAAAUACAACAAACUCUGCCCCAAGUAGUUUGCCCGGAAUUUCUCGGUAAUUGCCCAAUAGAGCGCAAGGCGUUCCAACUUCAUACUACUGUAGUUUUGGAGCAAUGAAUAACUUUGUAACUCCUCUUUAGUGAAUGCUGCAGUUGGAAGAAGAGCAACUUCCGCUUUUUAUAAAAUUAAGAUACCAUCCCUUGUGUAAGCCUGGCUAUGAAGCCUCACAGAUGAAGCACGAUAAUAUACAUGAACCACAAUCUGGGAAACACACUAGUAAAAACAAAAACUAUUAGCACAGUUUACUUUUCUACUUUAUUUCUCUGGAUGUGUGACAGCCUCUCCCUCACAUGUCUGUUGAAAUCGAUGGCUCUGUAUCCACUAAAGGUCUUGCAUACAAAGUCUCUAAUUGCAUGAGUUUUUUCUUGAGGAAGAGCUAGUUGUGUUGCCUCCUCCUUUCUCUCAUUACAUGACUUUCCGAGCAAUGAAUGACUUUGUAACUCUUCUUUAAUGAAUGCUGCAUCGAGCAAUGAAUUAACCAUCUUGCAGGUGUUUAGAGCAACUUCUGCUUUUGAUAAAAUUAGGAUACCAUCCCUUGUUGUAAGCCUGGCCAUGCAGCCUCACUUUCUUUAGGAAGAGCUAGUAGGGUGCCUCCUCCUUUCUGACAUUACAUGACUUGGUGUCAUCAGCAUAUGACUUAAGCUUAAUUUCUGUACUGUUCACUCUGGUGCCUUUAACAUCAUUAUUUCUCUUUAUCCAUAUACUCAUUAUUUCUUUACAAAUUGUAUACAGAAGGGGGCUAAAUGGGCAGCCUUGUCUAACACCACAUAUGAUUGGAAAAAAUAGAAGCAUGCCCGUUGUUCAACACACAUGAAUAAAUAUUGUACCAUCCUUCUUUCUAACGAGUACUAUGUUAGAGGCCCAGGGACUAUCUGUAGGUUCUAUUAGUCCUUUGUCUAAUAGUUCUGUUA